AUGGCUUCUGCUGUUGCUUCGGGAGUCAAAGAUGUUGCUGCAGCAGUCAAAGAUAAAGUGUCAUCAAGUACUACCGGGAGUGGUAGUAGUGGUUCAGUUCCAAGACCACAAUUAAAAAAUUUAACACGUACAAGAAUCCCAAGAGUUGCUGCUGUUGGUGUACUUCUAUGUGCAGCUUCGGGCUUUGGAUGGAAACUGCUUGUAACUGAUAGACAUAAAAGAGCAAUAUCCGACUUUUACAAAAAUUUUGAUCCAGAACGUGAUUAUGCAAGAAUGAAAGCAUCUGGUGUAUUCAAAACUAUAGGACAAAAAGAACGGCCGGAAUGGUUGACCGAAUAUGAAAGCGAAAUUGAUAAAGCAAUUGAGGCAUUGAAACAGCCAGAGUAG